CGCUUUGUGUAUACCCAAACAGUAUUAACAGUUUGCUGUUCAUAAAAUUGUUAUAUUAACAAUUUUACUGGAGUUAUAAUUUCAAACACUGGAAAAAUGGCUAUAGAAUUAGCAACAGGGGCCAAGUUCGAGUGGAAUGAUAAAGUAGAGGAAAAAUUUAACGAGCUGUUUGAUAGUAUUGAUACUGAUGGUAAUGGAAAAUUGACAUUUGACGAAGUGAAGGACAGAAUUUUAGUACGUGUUUUAAGACGAAUGGGUCAGAACCCAACAGACUCAGAAAUUAAACAAUACAUAGAUGGUAUAGAUAAAGACGGAGAUGGUGCAGUUAGUAAAGAAGAGUUUAGAAACUGGAUAAAAGAACUGAUUGUCACACUUCAAGAUCCACAGAAGUCCUUGGCUCUCGCUGUACAAAUUAUGUUUAAUGCAUGUGAUUUGGACAGAGAUGGAAGACUGAGCGAAGAAGAAUUUAGCAAGUUUAUGAAAGAGAAGGGACGUCCAUUAAAAGAUACAGAAAUUCGACAACUGUUCAUUGCAGUAGACAGAGACGGAGAUACCAGUACUCUUAACAAAGAAGAGCUGCUAAGUGUUAUAUUAAUCGGACGGGCGCACAAACUAAAUCAACAACAACAGCAAAAACUACACAACUGAAAGCAACAAUGACAAUAGUUUUGCUGCAUAAAGAAUACUGUUAACCCUUAUUAUGCUGGACACGAUUGAUUCUGCCUUUGUGGCCAGUGUAGAUAUAAUAUAAAUGGUUAUACAUCGUGUCAAAUAAACCCAUAGUGUUAUUCUAAAUAGUUGUUAUUGUACAGGGAAUAAUACUGCGACACUAAUUCAAUGUCAUUUGUUUAUUUUAAUUUGAUAUCAAUUUGAAUAAAUUGAAUUUUCAACUGUC